CUCAAGCUUUCACCACGCGACAGCGACGGACAAGAUGGCGGUCAGUGUAGGUACACAAGAGUUACAGCCGUGAAGGAGAGGAGACUUGACAACAUACCCUGGGAGGGUCCCGUUUCAAGGUUCACCAUGGUUCCCAUGGUGAUGUGACACAGGUGCAAACAGCUUGCUGGCCAACAGGCUACAAUACAGAGGGCGGAGUGAAAGACACAGCCAGCCGGCCAGUUUUGCCGGGCCGGCUUGUGUAAUGGACAGGUGUAAGCAUGUGGGGCGGUUGCGACUCGCCCCUGAUCACUCCAUCCUUAAUCCGCAAAAAUGGCACUGCGUGGACUGCAACACCACGGAAUCCAUAUGGGCCUGUCUGGGCUGCGCACAUGUCGCGUGUGGCCGCUAUAUCGAGGAGCACGCCCUGCAGCAUUUCCAGCAGCAAGGCCAUCCUCUGGCAAUGGAGGUGAACGAACUCUAUGUGUUUUGCUACUUGUGUGAUGACUAUGUCCUGAAUGACAACGCCACUGGAGACCUCAAGCUGCUGCGCAGCACGCUCAGUGCCAUCCAGAGUCAGCGCUACGAGGUCACCACCCGCAGUGGGCGCACUCUCCGAUCCACUAGUUCUGCUGUUGAUUCCCUGAUGCCAUCCGGGGCCCAAGAGCUUCAGCUAAAGGAUGAGGACAGGAUGUUUACGGCACUUUGGCACCGUCGCCGAGCACUAAUGGGCCGAAUUUUCCGCUUCUGGUUUGGACUGACGGACUGUGGAAAGAGGAGGGCGGAGGAAGAGAGAAGGAACGAGGAGGAGGAGGAGCAGAAAAGACAGGCCAGGGAGAGGAGGAAAGCUCUGAAGAGGCAGUUGCAGGAGGAGCUGGACAACACUCCCAUCAGGAAGAGUCGGCGCUUGCAUCGUAAAAAAGGACAAGCACCAGUUGCCACAGUGAGUCUGGCAAGUAUUAAGAAGACAAAAACCCAGGUGCCUUUGUUGGUCAGCAGCAAGAUAAGGACUCGUAGCCCUGCUGUGCCACCCACCAAAAAGACUGCUACCAGGAAAAAGCCCCAACCAACCCCCAAAAAACGGACAGCUGCCAGUAAAUCCAAGCGCAAAUCAUCGACAGUUCCUCCCAGUCGUUCUCAAACCGCUAGCCGCCGGAAGCAGAAUGCCAAGAAUGGCGGAUCACCGUUUAAACGUCGGCCCACCGUGACGCCUGGUGUAACCGGCCUAAGAAAUUUGGGGAACACUUGUUAUAUGAACUCUAUUUUGCAGGUUCUAAGCCACCUUCAUGUUUUCAGGGAGUGCUUUCUGCGCCUGGACCUGACCCAGGUGUUGGAGCUUCUGGCGUCUGCUGUCCAUGGGCAAAUGACUGUGAAAGCGUCACCCCAGGCAAACCUGAACCAAAGGAAAGGAAUGCACGCCACCUCAGGUUCUGGGGCCGGUCUAAGCGGUGGCGCUUCUCGAGGCCGCAACAUGGAGCUUAUACAACCCAAAGAGCCCAGCUCCAAACACAUCUCCCUCUGCCACGAGUUGCACACCUUGUUCCAAGUCAUGUGGUCUGGGAAGUGGGCGCUGGUGUCGCCGUUUGCCAUGCUUCAUUCUGUAUGGCAGCUGAUCCCUGCUUUCCGAGGUUACGCUCAGCAGGACGCUCAGGAGUUCUUGUGUGAGCUGCUGGACAAGGUUCAACAUGAGCUGGAGAGCACCGGUACACACAACACAAGUGUGGGAGUCCCACAGAAGAGACUGAUCAGACAAGUGCUCAGUGUUGUCAACACCAUCUUUCACGGCCAGCUUCUCAGCCAGGUGACCUGUUUGGCUUGUGAACAUCGCUCCAACACUGUAGAACCGUUCUGGGAUCUGUCGCUGGAGUUUCCUGAGCGCUAUCACAGCAACAGCAGGGAGUCGGCCGCCCAGGCUUCCUGCCAUCUGACUGAAAUGCUGGCCAAGUUUACAGAAACUGAAGCACUGGAGGGCAGCAUUUACGCCUGUGACCAGUGCAACUCACUUCGGCGACGAAGCACCUCCAAAACUGUUGUCCUGACCGAAGCACAGAAGCAGCUGAUGAUCCACAGACUCCCUCAGGUUUUGCGGCUUCACCUUAAACGAUUCAGGUGGUCCGGGAGGAACCACCGGGAGAAGAUCGGAGUCCAUGUCUCCUUCGACCAGGUCCUGGACAUGGAGCCCUACUGCUGCCGAGACCCCUCAUCCAGCACCGUUUCCUGCUCCAGUCCCAGCAGUCCGAGCUCGCCAAAACCCAAACACUUCCUGUACGAACUCUCAGCCGUGGUGAUGCAUCAUGGGAAAGGCUUUGGAUCUGGCCACUACACAGCGUACUGCUACAACAAAGAGGGAGGCUUCUGGGUUCACUGCAAUGACUCCAAGAUGAACGUGUGUUCGGUGGAGGAGGUGUGUCGUGCUCAAGCUUACAUCCUCUUCUACACCCAGCGUGUGACUCAGGACAAAGACCGGCCGCUAUGAGACCCACAGCUCCCCCUCCUGGCUGCUCAAGACAUCAGCAUUUUGUUAAAGGGUGUUUUAUAUUCUCACUUGAGCUUUAUUUUUGUACUUAAUCCUUGAAAAGGGUUUUUGGAAACUAUUCUGCUUUGUAAGCUUUUGUACAUGUUGUUGAUAUGUAGUUAUUUUAAAAGCAGUUCUAAUGUGUACAGUUGUAUUUUAUUUGUUCAGCCGAGUUGUUUUUACACUGUUGGUGGUGUUUUCUUCCAGAUUUCACUUCUAACUGUUCUGUCACUGUAAUCUGCGGAAGUGGAUGUCAAACGCUCAGUGUUACCAGGUAGUUUUCAUCAUCCUCCAGCCGUUUGCCCACUUUCUCUUGUGAAGCCAAAGCGUGGAAGAAUACGUUCAAAAUUAUUGUUUCACUCAAGCUUUUUUUGUGCUUCUCUGAUAAAUGCUGCACCAGAAUGUAAUCUGACCAACCUUCCAACUAAUGUGGCCUUUAAAUAAGAGGAUAUAUUUUUAUAAACCAAUAAAGAGACACCCAGGUCUUUCAAAUAUGUGAUGAAUGUAUUCGAUAUCAACUGUUCGAAAGCCACCAGUGAUUCUUUGACCAGCUGUUCAUGUUUACUGUCCGUUUGUAGCCAGUCCCACGUCUGCCUGAGGCUGGAGACUUAACCACUCAAGUAUGGCGGGUGUUCUCAGUGUUUGGUUACAACGUUGUAGUUUCUGCGUCUGUACAAAUUAAGAAAAUGAUACUAUGCAAAUUCUUGCCUCAUUUUGUUCUCUAGCAAAAAAUUACCUCAAUA